CCCGCCCCCGCCCGUGCUGGCCUUGCAGUGCUGCCCCGCCCUCGCCCGGAGCGGCGCAACAUAAAGAUUGGGCAUUUCGAUGACUUGGUGCUCACUGUCGCGGCUCCAAUGACAGGCGGUGGAGAACCAGAUGGGAACGUUUCUUUCCCCCGUGAGAACAAAGCACAAGUUGUAUCAGAGUCCAGGAUGUGCAGAGAAAAUCAGUACGUGUACUUCUGAGCUAGGAGAUCGGUUAUAUUUUGCUACUUUAAGGAAUAGACCAAAAAGCACAGCAAAUACCCACUAUUUCUCCAUCGAUGAGGAGCUGGUCUAUGAAAAUUUCUAUGCAGAUUUUGGACCUCUGAAUUUGGCAAUGGUGUACAGAUAUUGCUGUAAACUAAACAAGAAACUAAAACCAAAGAAAAUUUUCAAGAAUAUCCCUUUCCUGAGAAAGUUGGAGUCAUACAGUUUAUCAAGAAAGAAAAUAGUGCACUACACCUGUUUUGACCAACGGAAAAGAGCAAAUGCAGCAUUUUUGAUAGGUGCCUAUGCUGUAAUCUAUUUAAAGAAGACACCGGAAGAAGCCUACAGAGCACUCCUAUCUGACUCAAAGCCCCCCUAUCUUCCAUUCAGGGAUGCUUCCUUUGGAAAUUGCACUUACAGUCUCACCAUCCUCGACUGUUUGCAGGGAAUCAGAAAGGGAUUACAACAUGGAUUUUUUGACUUUGAGACAUUUGAUGUGGAUGAAUACGAACAUUAUGAGCGAGUUGAAAAUGGUGACUUCAACUGGAUUGUUCCAGGAAAAUUUUUAGCAUUUAGUGGACCACAUCCUAAAAGCAAAAUUGAAAAUGGUUAUCCUCUUCACGCCCCUGAAGCCUACUUCCCUUAUUUCAAAAAGCAUAACGUGACUGCAAUCGUGAGGCUGAACAAAAAGAUUUACGAGGCAAAGCGCUUCACAGAUGCUGGCUUUGAGCACUAUGACCUCUUCUUCAUAGACGGCAGCACACCCAGCGACAACAUCGUGCGAAGGUUCCUGAACAUCUGUGAGAACACGGAAGGGGCGAUCGCGGUUCACUGCAAAGCUGGUCUUGGAAGAACAGGGACAUUGAUAGCCUGUUAUGUCAUGAAACACUACAGGUUUACACAUGCUGAAAUAAUUGCGUGGAUCAGAAUAUGCCGGCCGGGCUCCAUUAUAGGACCCCAGCAGCACUUCCUGGAAGAAAAACAAGCGUCAUUGUGGGUCCAAGGAGACAUUUUCCGAUCCAAACUGAAUAAUAGAUCAUCCAGUGAAGGAAGUAUUAACAAAAUUCUUUCUAGCUUAGAUGAUAUGUCUAUUGGUGGAAACUUAUCUAAAAUACAAAACAUGGAAAGAUUUGGAGAGAAUAAUUUAGAAGAGGAUGAAGAUCUGGAAAUGAAAAACAGUAUAACUCAAGGAGACAAACUACGUGCCUUAAAAAGUCAGAGACAGCCACGCACCUCACCGUCUUGUCCAUUUAGGUCAGAUGAAACGAAAGGACAACCAAGAGCAGUGUCCCAGCCUUUCAGAUUAAGUUCGUCACCACAAGUAUGUACGCCUACUUUGAAGACAACAAAAGUGGCUUUGUCCCCUUCUGCAACGGCCAAAAGGAUAAACAGAGGUUCUUUAUCUUCCGGCCCCAGUGUAAGAAGCUUUUCCAUAAACUCCAGGCUAGCCAGCUCUCUAGGGAACUUGAAUGCUGCAACAGAUGAUCCCGAGAACAAAAAGACCUCCUCACCCUCUAAGGCAGGUUUCACAGCCAACCCGUUCACCAACCUCUUGAAUGGCAGCUCCCAGAUAACUACCAGAAAUUACCCUGAAGUCAACAACAACCAGUACAACAGAAACGGCAGUGGUGGUGGCGGCGGUGGCGGUGGUGUCGGUGGCGGCGGCAGCGGUGGCGGCGGAGGCGGUGGCGGCGGUGGCAGCAGCAGCAGCGUGGGCAACCUGAACAGCCACCUAGGCCCCCAGGGCGCCAAGACUGAGGAACCUGCCACCAUCCUCAGACCCUCCUACACCGGGCUUUCUUCUUCUGCAGCGAGAUUCCUGAGCCGCUCUAUCCCCUCCCUUCAGUCUGAAUAUGUUCACUACUAAGGCCUUGCCACUCCGGUGAACGCUGUUCCACUCUUAGACACAAUUUCUUCAUCCGGACGAGCAAUGUAGAGGGAAACAACUUCCUGCUGGAAGAAUAUCUCUGCCUUCUUACCUUAAAUUAAGGAGAGCACUAAGAUAACACCUCCAAGAGACUUGAAACCAAAAAACUGGUUAAUGACUACUAUAAAUGCACUGAAACUAUGUUUAUGGAGAUUUCAACACUUUUUAAGGCAGUUUUAAUGUUGAAUUUGGUAUUUUGAAAGGUUAUUUUUAAUGUAUUUCAGUACUACAUUUAUUAUUACAUUUACAUGUACAGUGUUAACAUUAUGUAUGUAUUGUGAACUUUAAAAGACUAUUUUGAUAAAUUUAUAAAUAUAUAAAAUUAUGUAAAAACUAGACUAUAUUUUGAUUUAGAUUUUCAUGCUGUUUGCUACCAAAAAUUUGUAUUUUAAAUUUGUUUAGUUUUAGUAUGGUUUUGUCUACCAUGAAUAAAUAAUUCCUCCUUGUAAAGAAAGAGUAAGAGAAAGUUUUAGGAAGUGAUUUUUAUGCUUCUACUAGGAAUACAGCAGAUCAGUUCCUUCUUUUGGGAAGCCUGUCUACGUUUACCCAGUUUAUCUCUACCAAGAGUAUCUGAUAUGCCUUAUUUAGGACAAUUUCCUUUCCUUUUGUUUUUGUUGCCGAGCCAAUUAAAUUAGCUUUGCAUCCUUGGGGCCUUUAAAAAAACUUAGCAUAGUUGAAAAUCAGAAUUCACCGAAUAUUUCUCCUGAAAGCAUGGUGUUUCUCUAUGAAAUGACUCAACAUUCCAAAUGCUUUUAUUUCUUUCUUCCUUUCAAAAGAGUUCUUGACGUGAAUAAAACAUCCUACUUUUGGUACGAAGUUGUUGUUUGCCGUAAUCACACAUGGUCUGAUGCCAGUUUUAAAUCAAUGAAGAAAAAAAAAAUACAGAAAAAAGAUGCUGCUAAGUAGUUCUCUGUCUUAAAGGAGAUAUUUUUAAAACGGAAUAUGUAUCUGUAUUCUGUCUGCAUAGCUGGAACCUUACAAAAAAAUAAAAGGACCCCUCUUAUAGGUACUCAGAGCCCUUUGAUGUAAGUGUAAUCUUGUUUUAGGUCCUCAGAAGCCUGCAGGCUUCCUUUCUAUGAGGAGUCGGGGAGCCUUAGAUCCGGAUUCCCUUCCAGGCUGCUUAAGAGUAGAUUACUCCGAUCUUGCAAGUGCUAGUUAAGUGGAUUCAUAUGAAGUGUUUACUCCCAACCAUUAAGUUACUUAGAAUGCAUUUAUUAGGAGGGGGUCCCUUGAGACGAUAUGCUUCCGCAAAACAUUUUUGUUCAUGUUGUAUGUUUUUAAAAAGGCAUUUGAAUGAAUGUUUGACUCAGGUUUGUUAACCUUCAAUAAUUGCAGUACCAAAAAUUGCACUAAACUGAUGAAAAAAAUGAAUUGUAUGUUUUAGGAAUAAAAAUUACAAUAAGUGGAAUGAAAUUGUUUAUCUUUUCUAAAGCUGAAAAAGUAAAAUAUUUUAUUAUGAGUUAUUGUAAAAAAAUUGGUUAAUUGUACAGGAAGAUGAUAGUAUUUUUUCAGAUAAUCAUUGACAAGUAAUUCAGAUGACGUUUGAGAAGUAGGGGAAAGGGAAACCAUGUUGACGGUUUUAGUUCUGUGAACACUAAUUUGUGUGCAGCUCUUAAAAUGAUUGUAAAGUUGACUACUGUAAAUUUUCCAUAAUUUUGUGUUAAUGUCAUAUGUAUCUACAUGUGUAUGUCUUAAAACUAUUUUACACAUGUAUGUACAUAGACAUACCAUGAAGUGGAUGUAUAUAAUAUAGAAAGUAUAUAGCAAAGUAAUUCUACUCCAAUAAUAAAAAUUGUUUGACAUGUAUUUUCUUAUGAAUAGUUUAUCUUUCAAAAGAUAUUUUGUUCUAUUUUAAAGUGUAGAAGAAUACACUGUUAAUAAAUAAAAGUUUUAUGCAAUUUA